AUGUCGAUGAAUUCCACUAUUGUAGAUCGACUGUCACAUCAACAGCAAGAAGGUACUGGAAAUGGUCUCAACCACGGCUUAAUUGGGGUGGAUGGCGGUGCGAAAAGUCUUAUGUCUAAUGAAAAUAGUAAGAACAACGCCAAUCUCAGGGCCACCGAAAGCAGAAACUUAGCCAAAAAUCAACAACCUUAUCCAGUAGAAACUGCUUCAUCGAUAAGUGCGAGUUACUCAAUACCCAAUGAAGAUCAUAAAACAACAGAUCUAAUGGACCAUUUAUUCCAAAAGCAAAAAGGGCACGCGUCAUCACUGACAAGUGCAUCCAUCUCUACUGGACUUAGCAGACCACGCGUCUCCCAACAGCGGGUCCAUAAUGCGACUAAGCAGCAAGAUCCUCGGUCGCCCCUUGUGACGUUGAUUCCAACAUCUGCAAAUCCAACCGAGAUCUUGGCACAGCGAUUCGCUGCAUGGAGGUCCAUCAUUCGGUCCAUUCUAAUUUAUCUGACAGAGACGGUAUCUAUUCAAGACGAAAUUGUCAGACAGCAACUACGUCUCUCUCAUGCGGUCAAUUUCCCUUUUUUUGCGACCGAAAAUCAAUUGCAACCUUCUACCCCGGAAGAAAAGGCCAUUCAACGGUUUUUCCUGCCGUUUGGCACUGGUUCCGUCCAAGACCUCCCUAACAUCCUGUCUCAGUUUCAUUCUCAGAUGGCUAACAAUGCUCUGAAGGCUUCCAAGGACUUGGCAAAUGAAGUUGUUCCCCGACUAGAAGAUUUGAGAGGUGACCUGUUGAUCAAAAUAAAGGAAAUAAAGGGUCUGGCUUCCGAUUUCAAAAAUGCAUGCGUCAAAGAAGUUCAUCAAACAAAGACGGAAAUGAAGCAGUUUCAGGACGCUGUAGAGUUGGCGCGUUACAGCUCCCCGAAACAAGACCCUCAUCUGUUGAAAAUGUCUCUUGAGAGACAAAUUAGGAAACAACUGAGUGAAGAGAAUCUUUUGCAUGAGGCCUUUGAUAAUUUGCAAGGUUCCGGUAGAGAAUUGGAGAAGGUUGUGGUCAUGGAGAUUCAAAAUGCCUUGACUAUUUAUGCACGACUAAUGGGCCAAAAUGCCCAAGCAGUUUUUGAUAUUUUGAUAUCGAAACUUGAUGAAGGUUUUUUCAAUAAGGAGCCAGUAUUUGAAUGGGACAAUUUUGUCGCCAAGGACUCCAAUUUCAUUGAGCCAAACUUGCCGGUUAGGAGUAUGCGAGACAUUGUUUACAAGUAUCAAGAUGAUCCAUUAACUUAUGAAAUUAAAUCAGGCUAUUUGGAAAGACGCUCCAAGUUUUUGAAGUCAUACUCUAAAGGGUUUUACUUAUUGACACCAAGUUAUUUGCAUGAAUUCAAAACGCCUGAUAGGAAAAGAGACCCAGUACCUGUAAUGUCGCUUUCACUAACCGACUGUACGGUCGCCGAGCACUCCAAGAAGGGAUCAUCCGAGUAUAAGUUUAUCUUGCACGCCAAGCAAAAUGGCAUUAUCCAUAGGGGGCAUAACUGGGUAUUUAGAGUGGAGUCAUAUGAUUCAAUGCUAAUGUGGUUUGAGGAUCUGAAGAAACUCACGUUAACUUCUAAUCCUACCGAAAAAGCAAAGUUUGUUACCAGCAAGUUAAUGUUGAAUACCGAAAAGUCUGUGUCACGCAAAGUCUCGUCUAAGACUAACGGUAGGGAGACCGUACAUCCAAACUCGCAUUCCGCUCAGCAAUAUCGCAAUAGCAGUUUAGCAGCCCCUAACCUAGACAAUCAAACUAACACAAAUACCUCUAUUUCCAUCCCAGAAACCGAGUACAGCACUCAUAGGGUGAAUUUGGAUCAACCCAGAAUUUCUCGAGGCAGUGGUGAGCAUUCAUAUGUCGAGAAUCUGUAUAUCGACGAUGCUAAAGACCAACGUCACUCCAGAGAAUCGAAGCCCAAAGAUAUGAGACACUAUUGA